AUGAAGGGGCUGUGCUGUGAGUAUGGCAUGUCGAUGCGUACUGGGGAGCGCCCUCGUGUAGUUGCUUCUCCAAUCGUGCAACGAGAGGCGGGCAACACGACCCCGAUCUCAUCGAGAGACGCUCCACAGUCGACGAUUGAGAAUGCAUUUAAUCUCACGCAAAUGGACCACUCCUCGGACCACUCCACUGGAGCGGCCCAAAUGGACGAUGUUCAAGAUGAUAUCGACUGGGUUCUGCAGGCCACUCGCCUAAGCAAUGCAGGAACACCCGAAUUCGGACUUUCGAAUGAGCAAGAGGAUUCCCUCAACCAAUCGUACGGCCUGCUACCUACGCCAUCCACCCAGGAGUACAGCUUCAACAACUUCAACCAAGACCAUGGCCUUCAGUCUCUCGAACAGCAGCAACCACCUAGGGACCUCUCUGGCAGUGUGGACAGUCGACGAAGCUCGUCCAUCGACUGUGACGCAUUCCGGCCCAGCAAAGUCCACGACUGCACCACCGAGGCUCUGAUGCUAGUUGCUGAUUUCCAUGUCUUGGCAGCUGGCUGCUUGACUGCAGCGAAAGACCCCAUUUCUCCCUUUAAUCUGGGGUGCUACACCGAAGACACUCCGAGAGAAAUGGGGACAGUCCUGUCAGAGAACCGAAAGGCCCUGAAGAGACUCGACAACUUGCUGGACUGCCGCUGCUCUACCAGGCAGGAGGUUCUGGUCUUAAUCUACUUGGCCAUCACCAAAGCUGUGGAGUGGUAUGCAGCGGUGCUUGGUAGCGACGACGAUGAGGCGUCGCAGGAAGACGACGAUCCAGCCACACCCCGGAUGUUCAGACGGAUCGCGAGAACCAGUUCAUUUAUGGGCAGCUAUUCUUUGGACAACGACGCCCAGAGACUAGUCAGUGCGCACCUCGUCUUGACUCAGCUCAAGGACCACGUCCACCCUCUCUUGAAGAGAUUGCGUCAUAGACACCCGUCAACGUCGGCUUCGAUGGCGGACGAUUCCUCGGAGCCGUCGACGUCAGGCCGCCGUACUUCCAGCGUUAUCGAACAUCACCACCUUGCUCUUUCGGAGGAGCUCAACCGGAUUUCUGCGAAGGCAAACACCAUCAAGCAAAUUUGUUAA